AGGGGCCAGGAGCGGCGGGCGGCGAGCUCCAAACAGCGACUCCCCGCCCGGUUGUGUAGCGCCUCUCCAAGGAGGGCCAGAGGGCAGCCGCGGCCGUCCUCCUCCCGUGUGCGUGACCCACUCGUCUCGGGUGGCCCUCGGGGCCGCCUCCGGACCGAUCCCGCUUCUCGCCCUUCCCCGGGCAGGGGGAAGCGGCCAUGCAGGCCUUCCUCAAAGGGCCGGCCUCCAUCAGCACCAAGCCGCCGCCCACGAAGGACCGAGGACCCGCGGCCCCCUCGGGCAGCAGCGCCGAGAGCCGAAGGGCCAAGCCUGUGCCGUGGGUGGAGAAAUACCGUCCCAGAUGUGUGGAUGAAGUUGCUUUUCAGGAAGAAGUAGUUGCAGUGUUGAAAAAAUCUUUAGAAGGAGCAGACCUCCCCAACCUUUUGUUCUAUGGACCACCUGGAACUGGAAAAACCUCCACCAUUCUGGCAGCUGCAAGGGAGCUCUAUGGACCUGAGCUUUUCCGACAAAGAGUUCUUGAAUUGAAUGCAUCAGAUGAACGUGGAAUACAAGUUAUUCGGGAGAAAGUAAAGACGUUUGCUCAACUAACUGUGUCAGGAAGUCGUUCCGAUGGGAAGCCGUGUCCUCCUUUUAAGAUUGUAAUUCUGGAUGAAGCUGACUCUAUGACCUCUGCAGCCCAAGCCGCUUUAAGACGUACAAUGGAAAAAGAGUCCAAAACAACUCGAUUCUGCCUCAUCUGCAAUUACGUUAGUCGGAUAAUUGAGCCCUUAACCUCUCGAUGUUCCAAAUUCCGCUUCAAGCCUUUGUCAGAUAAAAUUCAACAUCAGAGAUUACUAGACAUUUCUGAGAAGGAAAAUGUGAAAAUCAGUAAUGAGGGAAUAUCUUACCUUGUGAAAGUGUCAGAAGGAGACCUACGAAAAGCCAUCACAUUUCUUCAGAGUGCAACUCGAUUGACAGGUGGGCAAGAAGUCACAGAGAAGGUGAUCACAGAGAUUGCUGGGGUGGUACCUACAGAAACAAUUAAUGGUAUAUUCUCCGCCUGCCAGAGUGGCUCUUUUGAAAAACUGGAAGCAGUUGUUAAGGAUUUAAUUGAUGAGGGGCAUGCAGCAACACAGCUUAUAAACCAACUCCAUGAUGUGGUGGUAGAAAAAGAUGACCUGACCGAUAAGCAGAAAUCCAUCAUCACAGAGAAACUUGCUGAAGUAGACAAGUGCCUAGCUGAUGGUGCUGAUGAACAUUUACAACUAAUCAGCUUAUGUGCUACAGUGAUGCAGCAGUUGAUUCACAAUGUGAAUUGAAAUAUUUUUUGUACAUUUCAUUGGCAAUAAAAAUACUUUCCACUA